CAUGAGUGGGUCACACCACAGGGAGUCACAACAGAGGCAAGAGAAGGUCUCACAGAAAGGAAGAAACAGGCUCUGCAAAGGAAUGAGGCCCGCCGAGCCAAGGCUUCUGAAGACCAGCUGAAGCAGAGGCUGCAAGAACUGGAGGCUGAACUGGAGGGGGCCCGGAGGGAAGGGAAGGCCAUAUAUACAGGUAUGCGGCUCGUCAGGCAGGUGGGCAGGAGACAGGGGCCUGAAAGAGGACAACCAAGAGGGCCAGAGGAUGCUAGGAAGGGAGACAAGGAGGACUUCCCCCUGCCCUGCCUAGUCUCAGCCUUCCCAGCUUGCACAGGAAUCCUGAAGGAACCAAAGGAAGGUCUCCAGGAUCCUGGGCGGGGACCUUCCACGAUGCCAUGCACCUGAUGUUGUGUGGAUUACAAAAUGCAUUCAUAGCCUUUAUCUCCUUCAUCCUGAGGGAGUGUGUGGGGAGAAGGGCUAGAGUCCCGAUCCUGAGCUGGCACCUGGCACCGGGGAAGGGGGCCUUGUUUCCUAGCUCUUUCCCCAGCUUCUCAGAAUCACCACAAGAAGAACCAAAAGGCCUUUAUGCUCCUGUCUCACUCGACCAAGUGGAGCCCUCCCCACCCAUAAAAUUUUCCAUCCUUUCUCCGCUGCUCUAUUUGGGCCUGGGUUCCUGGCCACCCACUAUCCCUGCCACAGAGAUGAGCCGUCAGCGCCAGGCCCUGCAGGAGGAGAUGGAGACCCGCAGCAGGCAGCUGGAGGAGGAAGUGAAGGGCCUUCGGGAGAAGUUAGACAAGUGCCAGAGGGAGGCUGAGGCUGCAGAGAGAGAGGCCAAGCAGGCCCUUGGAGAGCGGGACCGAACUCUGGCUCAGCUUCGGGCCCACGUGGCAGACAUGGAGGCCAAGUAUGAGGAAAUCUUACAUGGAAGCCUGGACGGGCUCUUGGACAAACUGAGAGCAGUCAAGCCUCAGUGGGACGGGGCUCUGCUGAAACUCCACGCCAGGUACAAGGAGCAGCUCCGCCAGUUUGGACUCAACCCCCUGGAUCUUUGAGAC